CGACAGCCGGGCGUGCUGCGUGAUGACGUCAACAAAAUGGCGGCCCCCAGAAGUCUCCGGCUAGUAGCCAGUGGCCGCUGACUUUGAGCCCCAGUGGUGCCCCAGUCACGGUUCCUGUCAGUGGCAGCCUCUGCCCGGCUCUCACCAUGCUCCCCUUCGGCCGUUGGGGUCGCCGGGUAGCGGUUCGCCUCAGCAAAAAGCCCCUGCCGCUGUCCCGCUCUUGCGGAGGCCAAGCGGUGCCGCACUACGACGUGGUGGUCAUUGGCGGGGGGCAUGCAGGGACGGAGGCGGCGGCAGCGGCGGCUCGCUGUGGCUCGCAGACUCUGCUGCUCACGCACCGCGUGGACACUAUCGGUCAGAUGUCAUGCAAUCCCUCCUUUGGAGGCAUAGGGAAAGGGCAUUUGAUGAGGGAGGUGGAUGCUCUGGAUGGUCUGUGUUCUCGGAUCUGUGAUCAGUCUGGUAUACAUUAUAAAGUACUGAACCGGCGUAAGGGCCCAGCUGUAUGGGGUCUCCGAGCUCAGAUUGAUAGGAAACUUUAUAAGCAAAAGAUGCAGGAGGAAAUCUUGGCCACACCUCGGCUAACUGUUCAAGAGACAGCCGUAGAAGAUCUUCUUCUUAUGGAACCAGACUCAGACCAUCCUGGAAAAUGUCGUGUCAGUGGUGUUGUGUUAGAAGAUGGAAGCAGAGUGUAUGCUGAGAGCGUUAUCCUAACUACUGGCACAUUUCUGAGAGGAAUGAUUCUAAUGGGAUUGGAAACAUAUCCAGCAGGGCGUCUAGGAGAUCAGCCUUCUGUUGGCUUGGCACAGACUCUGGAGAAAUUGGGGUUUGUUGUGGGGAGGUUGAAGACAGGGACUCCACCUCGAAUUGCCAAAGAUUCUAUUAAUUUUAGCAUUCUGAAUAAGCAGAUGCCUGACAACCCAUCUGUACCAUUCAGCUUUCUCAGUGAAGCAGUCUGGCUUAAGCCAGAAGACCAGCUACCAUGUUACUUAACCCAUACCAACUCAAGAGUAGAACAAAUUGUUAAUGAGAACAUUCAUCUUAACACUCAUGUGAAGGAAACUGUCAAAGGACCACGAUACUGUCCUUCAAUUGAGUCAAAGGUUUUACGUUUUCCAAACCGUAUACAUCAAGUUUGGUUGGAACCAGAAGGAAUGGAUUCUGAUCUCAUCUAUCCACAAGGGCUUUCUAUGACACUGCCACCUAAUGUGCAAGAACAGCUGAUCACAUCUAUCAGAGGCUUGGAAAAAGCCAAGAUUGUACAGCCAGGUUAUGGUGUUCAGUAUGAUUAUUUGGACCCCCGUCAGAUCACUCCUUCUCUUGAGACUCAUUUGGUUCAGCGGCUUUUCUUUGCUGGACAAAUAAAUGGUACCACUGGUUAUGAAGAAGCAGCCGCCCAAGGUAUAAUAGCUGGAAUCAACGCCAGUCUUCGGGUCAGUGGCAAACCUCCAUUUAUCAUUAGUCGCACAGAGGGCUAUAUUGGGGUCUUGAUUGAUGACCUUACCACACUGGGCACUAGCGAACCAUAUCGAAUGUUUACUAGCCGAGUGGAAUUCCGUUUGUCUCUCAGGCCUGAUAAUGCUGACAGCAGACUUACUUUCCGAGGGUACAAGGAAACUGGUUGCAUAUCUCAGCAGCGGUACAGUAGAGCUUCUUUGAUGAAGUCUUCUUUAGAAGAAGGAAUUUCAGUGCUGAAAUCUCUGCAAUUUUCUGGCUACAAAUGGAAAAAGUUGAUUCCAGAAGCCCCUGUCAGCAUUAUUAAAAGUGAGCCUCAAAGUGCUCUGGACAUUUUGAAAUAUGAUGAAGUUGAUGUGGCUUUGUUAGCAAAGGUUUUUCCAGAACCAUUGACAAAGUUUGCUGAAUGUCAAGAACUAAUGAACAGACUAAAAAUUGAAGCCACUUAUGAAUUAAGUCUGAUUCUUCAACAACAGGAAAUAGAAGAAGUUCAACGAGAUGAAGCCCUUCAGCUCCCGAAAGAUCUGGAUUAUUUGAAUAUUAGAGAUGUUUCCUUGUCCCAUGAAGUUCGAGAGAAGCUACAUUCCAGUCGCCCACAGACAAUCGGAGCUGCUAGUCGAAUACCUGGGAUGACUCCUGCUGCCGUUGUUAACCUUCUGAGAUUUGUAAAGACUACUAAACAAAAAGAGGAAUCUAUAGAUAAACUGUCUCUAAGGGAUCAGUACUUAAGUGACACAGACAGACUUCAAAAGAUAGAAUUAUAGCAUUUUACUUAUAAAAGAUUUCUGAAGGACUGCUGAACCAAUUUCUUAAAGGAAUAUAUAAAAAUUAAUGGUAACAUCUAACAGCUAUCAAAGUAUUUUAUAUAUAUAUAUAUGUAUGCACGCGCACACACACACACACACACACACACACUUUAUUAGAUCAUUGUGAGAUUGUCAUUAAUUUCAAGAGAAGAACCAAAAAGUAUCUUUUCAGGUAACUUGAAUUUUGGUUUUGAAGAAAUAGUUCAGAAGAAACUAUUCAGGAAAAUUGGGGAGACUUCUAUGCAGCAUGAAGUGAACAGUUUAUAUGAUGACGACAACACUCUUGAGAAAAACAACUUUGAAAGACUUUAGAACUCUGAUCAAGACAGUGAUAAACCAUAGUUCCAGAAGACUGAAAAUGAAGCAUGUUAUCCACUUCUUAACAGAAUGAUGGACUGAAAAUACCUAAUGAGAUAUGCAUUUUUGAACAUUGGCCCCAUAAAGAAAUUUGCUUCUCUUAACUAUUCAAAGGAUUUUUUUCUUCUCAUUUUAUUUGUUUGUUCAGUAAAGGAAGGGUUAAGUGAGAGGGAGAGAGAAUCAGUGCUUGAAUUAAUAAAGGGGAAAAAAGAAACUAUUUACAUAACCUCUUAAGUUUUAUGUCCAAUUUAGUAUAGUGAUAUAACAAACCCUAAGCAUAGCACAAAAUUGAACCUGACAAAAAUCUGAGUUGGUCUCACUAGGUAAGUUUUGUAAGGAAAGAUUAAAAUAAAAAUCUGAAUCUCAAACUUU